GCACAUCACCACGCAUCACAGAAUGCUCCCACGCGUCCCGACUCCUCGAAUACCGGGGCCCGGCCGCUCCCUGCGGUCCCCGAUUCCGCACAGCAUCCGCCAUCCAUCGCGUCCCUUCACACAGCACUCGCAACUGCAGGUCAUAUCCCCACCACUCGGUCGGCCUCAACUGCCCUUCCUCUCCUCCGCAGGCAAUCGACCCCUGCCGCCCUUCUCGAUCCAUCUCCGCCAGCACUUCGCGCGGCUGAUCUCGACCGAGCGCCGGAACUACUACAAGCGCCGUUUUUCCAACUGGCUGAAAUACACCAUCUCGUUCUCCGCCAUCCUGUUCCUGUUCCAGGUGGUCCGGAUGGGCGUCUACCAAGAAGAACUCGAGCACCAAUGGCCCACGCCACCCGAAUGGUCCUGGAAGAGCCGCUGGUGUCUGCGCGCCGCGCACGCGCAGCAGAACCCCGAGAAAAUCGGCAAGCUGAUGACCGACUGGGCCAUGGUGGCGGGGUACACGCGGGCUGUGCUGGAGCGGCUCGAGGACCGCAACGGGGAAGGAAAGGGCAUUGUCGACCAGGGAGAAGGAGGAUUCCUGGUUGAAGGUGUCGGGAGGACGGGAUUCGAUAUCACCGCCAAGAGCGAGCCCUGGAGACGCGGCUACUUCCAGGCUCUCCUCAGCGCUGCGAAGGCCGCCGAGAGCCUCGAGGGCUGGCUGACCGAUCGAAAGCAGCGCAUCACCGCGCCCCCCGAAUACGUCGUCGGGCCCUCCAACCCCCGUCCCAGACCCAUGCCCACCAAGCAGAAGGUCAUCCCCCGCGAGGAGGACUGCGAGCCCGCCUCCCCCAGCCCUGAGACCUUCUACAUGAAGAUCCUGACCACCCGCGGCUUCGACACCAGACAGAAGCUCGACGCCGCCCUCGCCUACGCCGAAUGGCUCGACUACAAGGGUCUGAAAGACACCGCGCGCGACAUGUACACCUGGGCCAUCGACAUCGCCGCCACCGGCGCUUCCUCCUCCCUCUCCUCCCCCUCCGACAUCUCCAAAAUCAUCGACGUCAAGACCGGCGUACUCAAGAACGACGGCACCACCCUCCCCACCGAGAACCUCAUCCGAGUGUCCACGGCCCUAGCCGUCCACCACGCCCGCCACAACAACCUCCCCUCAGCGCUCUCAAUCUUCACCUCCGUCCUCAAAGCCCACCGCUCCCUAGCCCCGUCCUCCUCCCCAUUCACAAUGCCCACCCUUCCCUCCCUCCCCCGCUCCAACGACAUCUUCCUCAACUUCUUCAACAGUCUCAAAACCGUUCUAAUCCCCGUCGAAUACCCCCCACCGCAGCCCUCGGGCGACGAACCCCCACUCCGCACCCUCGCCUCCGCCUGCGACGAAGCCGCCCUAAUGACCUACAUCGGCGAAAUCAUCUACGCCUCCUCGUCCAAGGAAUCCGGUCUCGCGUGGACCCGCGACGCAGUCGAUCUCGCGGAAUCGGCGAUCCUGGAUCUCGGCAACUCGGAGGAACUUAGUGCCCCCCGCGCCCGGUGUGCGGAUUGUCUGCGUGUGGGUCUGGGGAAUUGGAAGACGAUGGUUUCGGGGCUUGUCGUGUUGGCGGACAGGGAGGAGAGGGAGGCGGUCGAAAAGGCCAAGUCCGCCUGGUAUGGUGGGCAGAAGAAGGUGGUGGAGAUGAAGGAUCAGAGGAGGAGGUGGGAGGCUGAGAAGGCGAUUCUCGACGAUCGUGCCAAGAGACUGGAGGCCUAUACGGAUGAUGGGUCUGCGUUUGCGGGCAUCGCGCCGAAUGUUUCGCUGUUUACUUGACGUGGUUACCUUGCUAGAUUUGGCUUUGGCCUGGUCUGGUCGAAACCGUAUAUUGUAUACUGUAUAUUGUUGAUCUUUCUCUGCGUGCAUGGAGAGGUGUUGGGCGAGAUUUCAUAUUUGAAUUCAUUGACACGUAUAUGUGUAUGUGUAUGUUAUGUGUAUG